AUGGUUAAGAAAGAGUCUGACUUCUGGAUCUGGAUAACGCCACAACCAUCCCAACUGGAACGCCUCCUCUUGUCUGACUUCUUCCCAGCCAAGACCAAGUACAAGCUUGGUCUCAGUUUCACCCCAUCCAGUGACCUCGUGGUCCGAUCAGUUUGCUUCUUCUGUGCCGAAGGGCUGCCUCAGAUCGUCGAUUUCCCUCCCGAAGGACCCCCCAGUUUUAACUAUUUUCCCAACUUUGUUCUGAACCUGAUGGGCAAAACGUUGCGGAUAUCGUUUCCCGCCGUGAAGGCGAGAAUCGAAGCGACCCCGCCGUACAAAGGGGUCAAUAACGCUAAUCGGGGCAUGCUGAAGACUCUUUUUGAUCAGUAUUUAAUGGUAAAGCUGAAUUUUACGUAUAACAUGUUCCUCUCCACGGGUGGGGGAGGGACCGGGUUGGAACUUCCGAAUGGGACUUGGAUAGGCACUGUAGGGGACGUUGUCUCUGGUAAAGCGGACAUGGCCAUCAUGACGGGAAAUACUAAUAAACGAAAUCAACAAGUUUCUUUCACCAAAUCCUUCUUCGACGUGAGCUACUUACACUUUAUAACAACCAACGGGGUCCGAAUCUUCUCCCCUGCGACGCUCCUUUGGUCGUUCGAUCUCCUUAUGUGGACCUGCAUUGGGGCCUCCACUCUGGGAGCGUUCAUCGUCUUCAAACUGAUCACAAAAUCUAUGACCGUGCUUGGAAUGGAUGGCGGCGAAAGGAUGACUUUUGCUCAUAGGGGGAUCAUCAGCAAGGAAAGUUGGAGGAUCGAGCACCAGAUAUUUUUCGUCAUCAACAGUUACCUGGAUCAGGACUGCGUCCUCCCGACGUACACCCCGCUCCGAUGUUUCGUUGCAAUGUGGUUGUUUUUCGUACUGAUUGUGACAACAGUGUACAGAUCGAAGAUGGUCAGCCUUCUAGCUUUCCCCGUUUUGGAAAAAAUUCCGACAACUUUUGAAGAAUUGGUGGAAUCCGACUACACCGUGGGGUUUAUAAAGCAUGGCGAUGGAGCGUACAACACGAUGAAAGCAUCCACUGAUCCGGUGUACGUGAAGCUCGUGAAGGACAUGGAAAUCAUCACCGGAGUCGGAUUGGAAUGUCUGGAAAACGUCGUUGAAAAGAAAUAUGCCUGCCUUGCCUUCACUAUUUCAACGCUUUAUCUGCUGUAUGGAAACCUGUCAGAUUCGGACACGAGGAAAUUGAUGUAUUCUCCGGAGAAAACCUAUGUGGUCUUUUUGGGUGCCGCCCUCGAACCAGGGUCUAUCUACAAGGAAUCCUUUGAUUUCUGGCUGUCCUGGGUGAGACCAUUUCAUCUCGCGGAUUUCUGGGAGGCGUACGACAUGCAUUACAACGUCCGCCUUCCAAAAAGAGCUUGGUGGCUAUCGACGAAUCAAACGGACAAAUUGGAACGUUCCGACCCCGGUGAGAGCGAUGACCUAACCCUGAAGCAUAUUUCCGGCGCUUUUUACGCUCUAGGCGCAUGUCUCGUCUUUUCGGGUGUCGUCUUCAUCCAGGAAUUAGUCGCGUUCCACUACAUGGCAAGAAUGAAGAGGAAAAUUGUUCCGCUGAUUCGAAUAAUAAUUCCGGAACGUCAAGAAUCUUUUAUAAUUUGA